AUGGGACGAUUAACAAAAAGAAAGGUUCACUCACGAAAGGUCAGAGUGCAAAGGAUAACUAAGAGAAGGCACCAGAUAGAAGUAUCAGAAACUUGUAGCAGCAGUAGUGAUAAACUUAAUGAUGUUGAGGACAGAGAAAUAAGUAUUUUAAGAUCUGAGGAAGCAGAUAACAUGAUUACAAGGUUGAUGCAAACAGUCUCAGAAAUGAAUAAACAUAUAAAUAUGGAUAAUUAUAGUAUGAGCGAUACAAUCAGUUCAGAUAGUGAUUCUGAAAUUUUUGGAAGUGACUCUGAAGUUAAAACUGCUAAAAGUCACAAUAUUAUGUCCUUAGAAUACUUGAACAAUACUAUUAAGCAAUUGGAAAAAGAAAUCAAGAGUAAUAAACAUAGUGAGGUGGUAAAGGCACGUCUUUAUACAAUGCUGUUCUAUUUUCAUCUUGUAGAGCAUGGCCAUAAAAGGAUUGAAGCAAGCAUUAUUGUGGUAGGAGCAGCUGGAAAAGGUGUUUAUCAUGCUCAUUGCAUACGUGCAUGGGCAAUAAAUUAUAUUAAAAAUAGUGAGUUCCCAAUUUCAAGACAAGGCAAACAUCCAAAAACUUGGAGUUUUCUAUGGGAUGAUGAUAAUGUUAAUUCAGAUGAACUGGCAAAACAUGUGAAUGAAAAAAUACUUCCAAAACUAUGCUUUGAUCCAUCGCCAACUAUAUGCAUUAGAACAGCUAGAAAUUGGCUAAAAACAUUUGAGUUUAAGUACUCAGAAGUUAGAAAAGGAAUGUAUAUGGAUAGGCAUGAGUGUGCAGAUGUGGUGGCUUAUCAUGAAAGGUUUUUGGAAAGAAUAGCAGAAUUUGAAACAUGUAUGGUGGUUUUCUCUGGUGAAAAUAUGGAAGAAGAGACUAGACCAGAUUUUGAUAAUAUUAUCAUUUUGGUUGCUUUUCCUAACCUCCCAUCAGAAGUAUGUGUCAUAACUUAUCUAGGUAAAGAUGGUGAUGGAUGGUGGAAUUCAGAUGAUCUUGCCCUUUUUGCAUUUGAUAAUACAACUGGUCAUUGUGCAUAUGCCGAAGAUGCCCUUCUAGCAAAAAACAUGAAUUUAUCUCCUUAUGGAAAACAGCCAAAAAUGAGAAGUACCACAUACGGAGAUAAUAUCCCACAAGACAUAUGA